CUCUUAUUCUAGAACACUUCUCCCCUAAGCAAAAUCGCUCUCGUUCUCGUCUCUAAUCAACGUGUGCUAGGAGACUGUCAAACAAUAAGACGGAGGUUACCAAAAAUGGAGAACUCCGAUGUUUUCCUAGGAUUGCAAGAUUUUCUAGAGCGUAUGCGCCAGCCCACCGCCGCUGAUUUCGUCAAAUCUAUCAAAAGUUUCAUAGUUUCGUUCUCGAACAAUCCUCCUGAUCCCGAAAGGGAUAGUGCGGCCGUACAGGCAUUCUUUGCCAAUAUGGAAGCUGCUUUUCGAGUUCAUCCACUUUGGGCAGGAUGCUCUGAGGAGGAGCUGGACAGUGCUGGUGAAGGAUUGGAGAAGUAUGUUAUGACAAAGUUAUUUACUCGUGUUUUUGCUUCACUCCCAGAUGAUGUAAAGAAGGAUGAACAACUUUCUGAGAAGAUGGCUCUAGUUCAGCAAUUUGUUCGGCCUGAGAAUUUGGAUAUUAAGCCAACCUUUCAGAACGAGACAUCAUGGCUGCUUGCACAGAAAGAGCUACAAAAAAUCAAUAUGUACAAAGCUCCAAGAGACAAGCUUGUGUGUGUCCUCAAUUGUUGCAAGGUUAUCAAUAAUUUAUUGCUUAAUUCUUCAAUUGCUUCAAAUGCGAAUCCUCCUGGAGCUGAUGAUUUUCUUCCUGUGUUGAUUUAUGUUACCAUAAAGGCAAAUCCUCCACAACUUCACUCAAAUUUAUUGUAUAUACAGCGUUAUAGAUGUCAAUCUCGAUUAGUUUCUGAAGCAGCCUAUUUUUUCACGAACAUGCUCUCUGCUGAGGCUUUCAUUUCAAAUAUUGAUGCAAAAGCCCUUUCGAUGGAGGAAACUGAGUUUGAGAAAAACAUGGAGUUUGCUCGAGCUCUUCUUUCUGGCCUUUCAACAGAUUUGGAUGGUUUGUCCAGUCAAAUCAACCAAAUUGCUGGACAAAAUCAGAGAGAACCAACUGAAUCCAGACAUCACACUCUUAAGGAGGACCACGCUAUUAGGUCUAAAUCUUCCGAAGGAAAAUGGUCAAGUAAAGAAGAUCUGUCUUCAAUCACUAAAAUUCCAUCAAUCUCAGAUUUGGAGAAUAGAGGGGCAACUAUACUUCUGAAGGAGGAUCAGACGAGCAAAGUGUUUCGAGAGUACCCUUACAUGUUUGCUAAUGCCGGUGAUUUGACUAUAAAUGAUGUUGAGGACCUGCUAAAUAACUACAAACAACUAGUGUUCAAGUAUGUUUGUCUUUUAAAAGGAUCGGAUGGUGCUUCUGCAGCUUUUCCUUUGUCUAAGUUGCAAGCUCAACGUCAGCAACAUGUUGAAACAGUUGAGAAAUAUCAAGAUAAUAGAGAAAUACUGCAAAAUAUCGGGUCACAAAAGGAUACCGACAGGGAGGAUGAUGGUCCAAAUGGAAUAUCCGAUCAAGAAAAUACAGAAUCCCACUUACCUAAGGAAGAGGCAUCUGCAUCCUCAGAGCACAAUCAUGUCGACACAUCUGAACAAUAGCUAAAUUAAUGUUGUCAUAACGUCAACUAAGAGACAAUGGCAGACCUUUAACUUUGAACUCAAAAGAAGGCCGUUCUGUUGUCAAGCAAGAGGAAACCCAAGAAGGUUGGUGAAGUCUGCAUUUGGUUCAAGAUGUGAUCGUGCCCAAUAUAUGGAAGUUGUGCUGUAACGCCCUUGGUUCAACACUACAAAGCCUUGUUUCCAGCACACGCACAUGAAGAAGAUAGGUACGGUUCUUGUGUCAUCUUUUGUAUACCAUGACUGUGGUUCAUUGUGGACUUGGGUACCUUUGUUUUGAAGCAAGGUGCUGCAACCUUUUAAAUUAUACACUAAUGAUGUCACGUUUCGAUAAUUGACUCAGCUAUAGGUACAUUGAACAUCGGUUGUGAACAUAAUA